AUGGGUAGUUUAAAAAUAUUACCAUCGCCAAUAAAAGCUUGCGCGAUACAAGACUUGAUAAUUGAUUUGGAAAACGAAGAGGCUUUUCGGGAUAGACUUAACGUUGGUUUGUUGUGGCCAUGGAGCGUGCAUAUCAGUAUGUUGGACAUGCCAGCGGGACAAGGCAAUGUGCCAAACAAAUUUGUCGAGGCCGACAAAGUUGAAAUCAAAGAAACUGACCACGCAUUGGUCAAACAUCUCUAG